AUGGCCGCCGUAAUCUCUGCUGACGACGCCCUCGAGCCGUCCCUCCAGUCCCUCCUCGACCAGCGCAGCCUCCGCUGGAUCUUCGUGGGCGGCAAGGGCGGCGUCGGAAAGACCACCACCUCGUGCUCCCUCGCCAUCCAGCUGGCUCGCGUCCGUCGCUCCGUCCUCCUCAUCUCUACCGAUCCCGCACACAACCUCUCCGAUGCCUUUUCUCAGAAGUUUGGCAAGGAGGCUCGCCUCGUCAACGGCUUCGACAACCUCAGCGCCAUGGAGAUUGACCCCAACGGAAGCAUACAGGACAUGCUGGCUGGUCAGGGCGAUGCUGAUGAUGUCAAUGCCGCCGCUGGUGGCCUGGGAGGCAUGAUGCAGGACCUUGCCUUUGCGAUCCCUGGUAUCGACGAGGCCAUGUCCUUCGCAGAGGUCCUCAAGCAGGUCAAGUCCCUCUCCUACGAAACCAUCAUCUUCGACACGGCCCCCACCGGCCACACCCUCCGCUUCCUCCAGUUCCCCACCGUCCUCGAAAAGGCCCUCGCAAAGGUGUCGCAGCUCUCGUCGCAGUACGGCCCUCUCGUCAACAGCUUCCUCGGCUCGGGCGGCCAGCUCCCCAACGGCCAGAACCUCAACGACAUGGUCGAGAAGCUCGAGUCGCUGCGCGAGACCAUCUCCGAGGUCAACACGCAGUUCCAGGACGCCGAGCUCACCACCUUUGUCUGCGUCUGCAUCGCAGAGUUCCUGAGCCUGUACGAGACGGAGCGCAUGAUCCAGGAGCUCGCCGGCUACGGCAUCGACACCCACUCUAUCGUUGUCAACCAGCUCCUGUUCCCCAAGAAGGCGAGCGACUGCGACCAGUGCAACGCCCGUCGCAAGAUGCAGCGCAAGUACCUGGACCAGUACGAGGAGCUCUACGCCGAGGACUUCAACGUUGUCAAGAUGCCCCUGCUGGUCGAGGAGGUUCGGGGCAAGGAGAAGCUCGAGAAGUUUAGCGAGAUGCUCGUCACCCCUUACGUUCCCCCGGAGUAA